AUGGGUCGUCUGCCUGCAUCAGUUGCACUGCAUGCACAGAAUGAAAAAGUUCCUGCUUCCUUCUACAUUGUCAAAGCUGGUUCCCCGCUACUAGGCCUCGACCUCAUUAGAGCACUGAAUGUCUGCAUCGUCGGAGGCAAAGUGGACCGCAUUCAGGAUGAAACUGCAGAUGAGCCUGAUUCUACUAACCGGAAGUCUGCUGUAUACAAUGUUGAUCCUAUUCCACCAGCUCAACUUGGAUGUGUUAAAGGGUUCAUACAUAAAGUACAGGUAAACAACAAUGUGCAGCCUGUACGUCAAAAGCUGAGACGCCUGCCAUUAAGUGUACGUACAGAGGUAUCAGCGGAACUCUCUCGCCUACUCAAAGCUGGCAUAAUUGAAAGGAUCGAUGCAGCUGAGUGGGUGAGUCCUCUGGUCGUGGCGCGGAAGCGCAAAAGGGAGUUGAGACUGUGUGUUGACCUUCGUGAACCCAAUAAGAGUAUCAUUGCUGACUGCCAUCCUCUUCCUCAUAUGGAGGAUCUGUUUUCUGAGUUGGCGGGUGCCACUCACUACAGCCAGAUUGACCUGAGCUCAGCAUACCACCAAUUACCUUUGCAUCCGGAGAGCCGCAAGCUGACUGCUUUCAUCACUCAUGAGGGACUGUUCCAGUUCACACGUGUUCCAUUUGGUCUAGCAUCAGCACCGUCGGCUUUCCAGAAAAUGAUGCAAACGGUCCUGAAAGAUCUUCCUGGUGUUCGCAACUACUUGGAUGACAUCAUCGUCUAUGGAACAUCAAAGGAGGUGCAUGAUACGCACCUGCAAGCUGAUCUCCAACGUCUCAGAGACGUCGGCCUGCAGAUUAACACUGGGAAAAGUUCCUUCUGCCAGUCACACAUUACAUUCCUGGGCCAUGUAAUCUCAAAGGAAGGCCUACGUCCAAGCCAACAUCACCUUACUGCUAUUGCUGAGGCUCCUGCUCCAAAGGAUAUGGCUGCAUUGCGCUCAUUCCUGGGUGUGUCAUCCUGGUUCAGUAAAUUUAUUCCAGAUUAUGCUACACUGGUGGAGCCACUGCAACAGUUGCUGAAAAAAGACAUGAAGGUUGAACUCCAGUGGAAUGAGGCAGCACAUGAGAACUUCAGUAACCUGAAAAAACUCCUUCUGAAAAGUCCUGCACUUGCCAUCUAUGACCCUGACUUACCUGCUUUUAUCACCACAGACGCAUCAGACAAUGGGCUAGGAGCUGUGUUGACACAGUUGCAUCCAGAUCAAGUGGAGCGGAUUGUGGCGUUCGCCUCCCGAACUCUGCCUCCAGUACUCCAGUACUCCACCACAGAAAAGGAGGCGUUAGCCUGUGUCUGGGCCGUGGAAAGAUGGCGUACAUAUGUAUGGGGCCGCAGAUUCACGCUUCGUACUGACCACCAAGCUCUUACUACCCUUCUCAGCACCAAAGGUAUGAACAGAGCGGGCAUGAGAAUCGCACGAUGGUCUGCAAGGUUGAUGUGUUUUCAGUACGAUGUGCAGUACUGUCCUGGUGUUCAGAAUGUCAUGGCAGACUGCCUCUCACGGGUUCCCCUGAUGUACCCCAGCACUGACAUUGAUGCUGAAAAAGACCUUCUCCUGGAGAUAGCUGAAGUUUCUCCUCUUUUGACAGCAACACCGUUGUCGGAUUUUAAAGCUGAAUGUGAGGACUGCCCUGACCUUUCUCUGCUACGACAGGUUAUCCGCUCAGGCUGGCCUAAGGUGAAAAAGUCUCUCCCAGCUGAGAUGCAGCCGUAUUGUGGAAUCACCGUUGGUUUUCCAGGGGACACGUCUGGUGGUCCCAAGGUCCCUGCGAGAAAAGGUGAUAUGCCUCGCACACAAAGGUCACCAGGGCAUAGUUCGCACAAAGCAGCGGCUCAGAGAGCUUUACUAGUGGCCAUCCAUGCGAUUCUGUCAUCAUGCUCAGUCUGUCAAGUGUGUGACAAAACGGCCAAAACUGUUCCUGCUCCCCUACAGCCGGUUCAGUUUCCAGAUGGUCCCUUUCAGCAUGUGGCCGUUGACAUUGUUGGACCUUUUGACCGUGGGUCGCAGGACUGCAGGUUUGCUAUCACACUGGUCGAUUACUUCAGCAAAUGGCCAGAAGUAGCCCUUACUUCAUCAGCUACUACAGACACUGUUAUUAGGUUCUUGUCUUCAGUCUUUGCACGGGAGGGAAACCCUUGUGAGCUUAUGACAGAUAAUGGACAACAAUUCACUUCAUCUGCCUUUGCUGAUUUCCUGAAGGAAAGGGGCAUCAAGCACAUUAGAACAAGUGUCUACCACCCUCAAGCGAACGGGUGUGUUGAAAGAUUUAACAGAGUACUGAAGGACUGUGUUCAGGCUGCACAGGUGUCCCAGAAGCCGUGGAAGCCUGCCGUAACGGAGAUGCUACAGAAUUACCGUGCUACAACUCAUGCGACAACUGGAGCUGCUCCAUUUCAGCUUCUCAGAGGGAGACCAAUGAGAACAAAGCUAAAUGUCCUGCCAUUUCCUAAAGAUACAGGACAGUAUGACCAAAUCAGGGCCAGAGUCUUUCACCAGCAGCGCAGGAGUAAACGCUACACUGAUGGUAAGAGGGGGGCAAAACCUCCCCAGCUUGUGAUCGGUGACAGGGUGCGGAUACGUAAACCUUUCCGAGUGGGGAAGGGAGAGAGACAGUUCACUGAUCCACUGUCAAUGCAGCAACAGACUGGACUGAGCACCUUCAUCUUGAGUGAUGAAAAGAGAUGGAAUGCAGCCCAUCUCUCACCCUGCCGAGCAGAGAAUGCUGAGCCGUUGCAGGCUAGUAAAGAGGUUGAAAACAACACAAGAGAAACUCCUAAAAGACCUUCUGUUCCUAACAGACUGAGACAGUUACCAGCUUGGACUACAUAA